UCAGACAGUCAAGAUGCCGCUGAUAGUUAGCGAUUACACAUGGACUCAAAGCCAGAGCACAGUUUACAUCAGUGUACCUUUAAAAGGAGUAAAGACCACUAAAGUCGAUGUCCUUUGCACGGAUGAGUAUCUGAAGGUCAGUUUCCCCCCGUUUUUAUUCGAAGCCUUCUUAUUUCAACCAAUAGAUGAUGAAAAAAGUGGUGCCAAAAUUGGAAAUGGUGUUGCAGUUUUCACAUUGCAGAAGAAAAGAGAAGAAUUGUGGGAGCAGCUCAUUAAAAAUAUUGAUAAAGACAAACAGAGGCUGACUCGAGAACAAGCAAAUCUCAAAGUUCAGGAGAAAGCAGUAGAAAAGGCCAAAGCCAAAGCCAACAGGAUUCAGCAGGAGAGGAAAUAUGCGCUGGAGACCAUGAUGAAGCUUGAGAAAGAGGAGCAAGACAUGAUUCAGAAGGUGAAGAAAGAUGAAUGUGCGAGAGCCACUGCAGAGCUGGAGGUUUGGAGAGAAACACAGCGGAAACCAGUAGAAGAAAAGGAGAACCAGCUGAAACAGCAGGAAUCCGGCAAACAUAACAACAAACCCAUUUUUCAGAACCCAGAGCGUGCAAACACAACACCUGCAGCGAGACAAUUGCACAAUUCUGGUCAAAAAAGCAGCAAAAAGAAGCCUAAAGUUCUACCUGCUCCCAGAUCAGCUGGCUGUAUUAAGAUCAGUUUCACCCCACGCAUGUUUCCCUCUGCCCUAAGAGAGUCUCAAGUCCCGGAAGAGGAAGAGUGGUUGAGGAAACAGGCAGAGGCCAGGAGAGCUGCGAACGCUGACCUGGCCGAAAUAAAUGACCUGAGCGAGGAAGAGAGAAACCCAGAGUGGCUCAAAGAGAAGGGAGAUAAAUUCUUCAUGGCAGAAAACUAUCAGGCUGCUAUCAAUGCAUAUAAUCUGGCCAUCAAACUCAACAGGAAGUUUGCAGCUUUGUUUUCCAAUCGAGCGGCCUGUCAUCUCAAACUGAGAAAUUGUCACAAAGCCAUUGAGGACAGCUCUCAGGCGCUGGAGUUGCUCACGCCUGCGGUCACUGCAAAUGCCACAGCUCGUCUGAAAGCUCACGUGAGACGUGGAACAGCAUUCUGUGAGCUUGAGCUCUAUGUGGAAGGUCUUCAGGAUUUUCAGGCUGCUCUAGAGAUCGACCCACACAAUGCUGCUUUAAAAGCUGAUACAGACAGAAUUCGCCAGAUUGUACAAGGCACCACGUCAUGUAAAUAAGCACAUGUGCUACAUAACAUUUUUAUUUUAUUAGUGCCGACUUAACAAAUUUAAUAUGACACCACAUAUAAAGUAGUGGUUCAAUUGGAGGCAAAAAAAAAAAGAAAAUAUACACAUGAAACCCAAGUUUAUUUUGCUCUGACAGUAUUUGUCUUCUCAAUUAAACUGCAUUAACAUUUUAUGAGUUUUUGUUUAAUGCAUAUCAGGCUAACAUGCAAGUUACAUGAAAUACAUCAAUGUUUUAUAGGGUUAAUGAAUGAGUAUGGUGUACUGCAUUAUUGAUAACCACAAAACAUGUCCUGUAUUAAGAUAAUAAUCAAUAGAAGUGGGUAUAAAUGACAGAGGCAAAUGUGUUUGGGAACAAGUAGAAGUAAGAGAG